CGCGCCGGCAUGGCGGUGUGCGCUCGGCUCUGCGGUGUGGGCCCGUCGCGGGGGUGUCGGCGCCGCCAGCAGCGCCGGGGCCCGGCCGAGACCGCUGCGGCCGACAGCGAGCCGGACACGGACCCCGAGGAGGAGCGCAUCGAGGCGGGCGCGGCGGCCGUGGCGGGGGCGCCGGGCGGUCGGGGCGCGGGCCCGCAGCCGCCCCCGCGCUGCUCGCUGCUGGAGCUGCCGCCCGAGCUGCUGGUGGAGAUCUUCGCGUCGCUGCCGGGCACCGACCUGCCCAGCCUGGCCCAGGUCUGCACCAAGUUCCGGCGCAUCCUGCACACCGACACCAUCUGGAGGCGGCGCUGCCGGGAGGAGUAUGGCGUUUGCGAGAACCUGCGGAAGCUGGACAUCACGGGCGUGUCUUGUAGAGACGUCUAUGCCAAGCGUAUAAACCCUCGCGUGAAGUCGGGACGUUUCAUGAAAAUUCUUCCCGAUUACGAGCACAUGGAAUACAGAGAUGUUUACACCUGCCUGCUCCAUCGGUACCGACACAUUCUGGGAUUGUGGCAGCCGGACAUCGGGCCCUACGGAGGACUGCUGAACGUGGUGGUGGAUGGCUUGUUCAUCAUCGGCUGGAUGUACCUGCCCCCCCAUGACCCACAUGUGGACGACCCGAUGCGAUUCAAGCCUCUGUUCAGAGUCCACCUGAUGGAGAGAAAGUCGGCCACGGUGGAGUGCAUGUAUGGCCACAGAGGGCCGCACAACGGCCACAUCCAGAUCGUGAAGAAGGAUGAGUUCUCCACCAAGUGCAACCAGACGGACCACCACAGGAUGUCUGGCGGGAGGCAGGAGGAAUUCCGAACGUGGCUGCGGGAGGAGUGGGGGCGGACGCUGGAGGACAUUUUCCACGAGCACAUGCAGGAGCUCAUCCUCAUGAAGUUCAUCUAUACCAGUCAGUACGACAACUGCCUGACCUACCGCCGCAUCUACCUCCCGCCCAGCCACCCGGAUGACCUCAUCAGACCCGGCCUCUUCAAAGGCACUUACGGCAGCCACGGCCUGGAGAUCGUCAUGCUUAGCUUCCACGGGAAGCGUGCCCGGGGCACGAAGAUCACGGGUGACCCGAACAUCCCCGCCGGGCAGCAGACGGUCGAGAUCGACCUCAGGCACCGCAUCCAGCUGCCUGACGUGGAGAGCCUGCGCAGCUUCAGCGAGCUCUCCCGUCUCGUCCUGGACGUGCGGGAGCGGCUGCGCCAGGAGCAGCAGCAGCAGGAGAGCAGGCUGGAGGACGGCGAGGCCGGAGGACAGCAGAGCCCCCGAGAGGCCCAGCGGGGCCCUGCCCAGCCCGGCGCGGAGCUGCCUGCCGAGAAGGUCGGGGAGGCCGGGGGAGCCGAGGCUGCGGGUGCCCAGCCUGGGCAGGGACAGCCCUUUGUGUUGCCUGUGGGCGUGAGCUCGAGGAACGAGGACUACCCCCGCACCUGCAGGAUGUGCUUCUACGGCACAGGCCUCAUCGCCGGCCAUGGCUUCACCAGCCCCGAGCGCACCCCUGGGGUCUUCAUCCUGUUCGACGAGGACCGUUUUGGGUUCAUCUGGCUGGAGCUGAAAUCCUUCAGCCUGUACAGCAGGGUGCAGGCCACCUUCCGGAAUGCAGAGGCGCCGUCCCCACAGGCCUUCGAGGAGAUGCUGAAGAACAUCCAGUCCCUGACCUCCUGACGGGCCGCCUCCCUGUGGGCGGCCCCCACGGCCCUGGGCCCUGCGCCUGGGAGAGGAAGCAGCACGCACUUUGGAGAGUUGGCCUCUGACCAGAGCACCCACCUCGUAGGAGUCUCGGCCCAGCCCCCCCGGACUCUUUGUACAGAGUGUGUGACGUUUGCGUGUGUCCUGUCGGGAGCUCGUGGGAAGGUUGACUGAGCAUGUCUUA